AAUUCUUUUCCAAAUCUCACUAAAUUAUUAUUUUUUUUUUAAAAUAAGUUUCAACCCUAUGACUGAUUUUGCCAUCUCUAAUUCUAUUGUACAAAUUAAGUAAAAUUAAGUUAAUUAAACAUGAUUACAAAGAUAAUCUGAUCUCAUUAAUUUACUUACUUUGACAAAUUCUUAAUUAAGAUAUUUUAUAAUUUGGUCCAUCUGCUCUUUUUGAUCAAGCCCAAUUAUUUUUCUUUAUGUGUUUCUAUUUUUUUCUCUUUUACUAGCAUAAGUUUUAUUUCUUGAAUAAUUAAUUAUUUAUUUUCUUCAAAUAUAAUUCAAUUUUGAUUUUGUUAAUUUGAUUCCUUAUAUAGAUUCUAAGGCGGAAUCUUCUAGGUGUGAUACUCUCAACUAUAUAUAAACAGUGUUUUAGGUUUUUUUUUUUUUUUUUUUUGAGUUUCAAGAACCCUUUUUUUCUGCCAUUUUUUCAGAUAGGUUUUGGAUUCUGCUGAAUUCUUUCUAGUGCAUGAUUGAAGAGCCAAAGGAAAGUUGAAUCAGUUUGUGCGACUCGUCGUUGAAGUGAACAUGAAUCAACCACAUCAAUAUGGUGAAGCUCAAGAUGAAGCCACCGUGACAGGUUUCGAAGUACCAAGAUCACCCGAGACAAGUUACAACAACGUGCUUCCCGGAAACGAAGAUGAUGAACGCGAACCACCAAUGGUUCCAACACAUCUGCACCAUACCGUAUUAAACCAUCGCCGUGUGACUAGAGAUCAAUCUGCAGAGCUGCCAUCACCACAACACGUGGUUCUAAACCAUCUCUACCUCGAGAACAGACAAGCCCCGGGAUCAGUUGUGGCAGUCGGUGCAACACAUCGCUUUCGCUCAAAGUAUGUUACUGUAGUGCUUUACAAACCAGUUCAAAGGAGAGGAGGAAGUAACAACAAUGCCUGAUUGUUUGUUCUGAUGGCGAAACAAUAGGUAGAGGUAAAUACACAGGCAGCAACCGAGCAACGGGGGAGAACAUAGGAAAUAUUAGGAUCGCGAUUGUCCUUGGACUUAGAUCAUGGUUGGUUUCGAAAAAUUUACUAUGGCAGUAUGGAAAACAAACUAGUUAUGUGUCUGAUGUUAGUUUGGAUUUAGCAGUAGUAUCUUAUGGUUGUGCUUUGGAUUGAGUUAUUCAAUACAGUAUUUAUGGCUUAAA